GUUAAACUGACAUAAGAUGGGGGUCAUCCUACCCCGAGGGUCUAACUUUUCACUUCAAAACAAGAAUAUUGUUUAUACCCCACAAAUUUAAAGUAAUUACAAAUAUCCACAUAAAAUGUACAAUAAUAAGAAAAAACAUAAUGUAAGCUUAAAAAAAAUCAUCUUUAGAGUGUGUACAUAUAUGCAUAAUUAUGAAAAUUAUUAUAAAACAAACCCUUAUCCUUUAACCUUAUAGUAAGUACACGUUAAUAGAUAAUACUCAGUACUAGUAACAAGGACAAUCUUUAUAAUUUUAAAUAAAGCAAACCGUGUAAUGAAAGCUCUAGUGUGCCAUUGAGGCGGGGAUAAGCUGCGAUGAUGUAACAGGAAGCUACUACACUGAAUAUCUUCCAGCCUGACAGCCGUCUUCAUUCACACUCUGCGUGUCUCGUGCGCUUUCAUCUCGCGCUCUGAUAUUGUUACAUUGUUUCAUGCCAUCGUGACGUCUCGAAGGAAAGUACUGACUGUUUGUGUUUUAAAAUAAGAAGACGCGUUCGUUUUUAUCUAAACCUCUCCAGAACACCUUGGAUUUAAUCUGCAGGUCAAUAGUGGGUCAUUGCAAAUGCCAAAGAAGAUGACAGCUAGCUGCUGGACGAUCUGUCUGUUUCUGCUGGGAUCUGUCACUAAGUUCAUUGUUCUAGCCAGUCCUGGGGUAAACGAAAGCCAGCAACAACAUCCUCAAAAUGUGUACCAUGAUAUCGGUGUUACCAGAAACAAGAUUGUGACGGCACAGUUCGAGUGCUACCAGAAGAUCAUGAAGGACAGCAGUCAAGACAGAAGAGUUGGUCCGGUAUGCAACAGGACCUGGGAUGGAUGGUUGUGUUGGGACGACACAGAGGCCGGCACCCCUUCUGAGCAACACUGCCCUGACUAUUUCCAGGAUUUUGACCCUACAGAAAUGGUCACCAAAAUAUGUACAGAAAGCGGGCAGUGGUUCUUGCAUCCUGAGAGUAAUCGCACAUGGACAAAUUUCACCAGAUGUAAUUUGCACACUGCUGAAGGACGCAGGACUGCAAUGAAUUUGUUCUACAUGGCACUAAUUGGUCAUGGGCUCUCUUUAACAUCUUUGUUCAUCUCGCUAAGCAUAUUCUUUCAUUUCAAGAGUUUGAGCUGCCAGAGAAUUACCCUGCACAAAAACCUUUUCUUUUCCUUUGUAUUAAACUCCAUCAUCACUGUCAUUUGGUUAACUGCAGUGGCAAACAACCAAGAACUAGUUCAGGAAAACCCAAUCAGCUGCAAAGUGUCACAGUUUAUCCAUCUGUACAUCUUUGGAUGCAACUACUUCUGGAUGCUUUGUGAAGGAAUUUACUUGCACACGCUCAUUGUUGUGGCAGUUUUUGCUGAAAAACAGCAUUUAAUGUGGUAUUACCUUCUUGGAUGGGGUUUCCCUCUUAUACCUGCUACAAUACAUGCCGUAGCCAGAAGUUAUUACUACAAUGAUAAUUGUUGGAUCAGCUCAAGUACUUCUCUGCUAUAUAUUAUUCAUGGCCCUAUCUGUGCAGCACUGCUGGUGAACUUGUUCUUUCUGCUGAACAUCGUACGAGUUCUCAUCACCAAACUGAAAGUGACGCAUCAAGCAGAGUCUAGUCUGUAUAUGAAAGCUGUCCGAGCCACCCUCAUUCUGGUUCCACUGCUGGGCAUCCAAUACGUUCUCCUCCCAUACAAACCUGGGGGACGCGUGUCUGCUGAAAUCUAUGACUACAUCAUGCAUAUCCUAAUGCAUUAUCAGGGACUGUUGGUAGCCACAAUCUUCUGCUUUUUCAACGGAGAGGUCCAAGCAGUUUUGAGAAGGCACUGGAAUCAGUACCGCAUACAGUUUGGAAGCGCCAUCGCACAAUCUGAUGCUCUGAGGUCUGCAUCAUACACAGGGUCCUCCAUUACGGAAGUCCAGGGCUGUUACAGCAUCGACGGCCACACAGAACACUUGAAUGGCAAAAACUGCCAUGACAUUGACAGCAGCACCUUAAAACCAGAUAAUCCCUUUGCCUGAUGCCACUGAACGUGGCAGUAUGCCGCUUAAAAAAAAACAAACAAAAAAAAAAAAACUGUUGACUACAGCGAGAGCUGUCACAUGGCUGAAUUGGACCGUUUCACCCAUAAUUCACUGCUCAUUCUCUCUGAAGGGUGGAGAAAAGCCAUUUCUCCUAGAAUUUACACUGAAAAACAUUUUGCUACCUUCAUUUAAUGUUAAAUGGACAAAUAUAAACAUUACUGGCCCUGUCUUUGUACUUUGCAUUAUUAUAGUUUGCUUGACGGCUGUGCGCAGUUGACAAUAUUCAGCUCUUUUUUUCAGAUUUCAUCUGUAAUGCACUUCUUUGUCUUAUAUUUGACCCUGUAAUAAAAAAAUGAAAUAUAUAUCUAAUCCAAAUCAUGACCACACUAAUGAGAGAUGUAUAUUUUUACUAAAAAUUUAAACAAACUAUAUGUAUUUUGAAAGAUAAAAAAUGUAAAAGUGCCCAAAAGCCAGUGCCGCUUUUUCUUUUAUAAUAUUCAUUUAGUAACUAUUUUAAUGUAAUUCUGUUAUUUUCCUUUGGAGACAGUAUUAUAGCCAAUAUAUAUAAUUGUUUUAUUUGUUAAUCCGGUCAAGAACUAAAUGGAAGAUUAAAGAUUUUGUAUUUUUUAUUAUACUCAAUUUUGGUCGCUAUAAUGCUAGUUAUUGGAAGGGUUCAAAGUAAAUUCAUUUUUUUGCCUCAAAUAUAAAAAUUCAUUAACACAUGCUUUAGAGACCCCUAAAAGUGACACUGGAGAUUGGACCAUAAUUUAUGUAACAUUUCUAGGUUUAAUAAGAACUCAGUGUGAAGCCUUACAGUACAAAAACAAGGUUACCACUUUAUUUAAGAUAUAUAUCUCUACUUUUAUACUUAGUUUUUCACAGUUAAAUUUAUACUACACAUGCCACAUUUUCAGUGUAUUUGAUUUCAUAUUUCUUGUAGUGUUUAGUCAUGUACUUUUCUUUUAAUACAUGGCUUUUGUGAAAUUAGGUACAAUAACCCGCUACCUACAGCGUUACUCUGCAACUUUUCCUAACAUGCUUGGAGUGUUUGAGAUAUUGCUCUUGUGUCAAAGGCAGGGGUUCCUUUCACCCACUAUAUCUAAAUUCAAUUACAUUCCAUAUUAUUUGAAUAAUGUGCCCAGUGUUUAUGUCACAGUGUUACCUAAACUCACUCCAUUUUAGACUUCUCUGACAAUCAACAAGUUUUCAUGAUGCUUAAAGAGAUAGUUCACCCAGAAAUGAAAAAUGUACUGUACUAGUACUGUACGUGGACUCAAGGAGAAUUUGCAAUGAAUCAUAUGCCCCUCUUUCAAUAUUAGCUCAAUGUGGCCACAUCUGUCAAAAAAAAAAAAAAAAAAAGAAUAAAUCAUAAAUGUAACCCAUAUCUGACUCAUGCACUAUAUUUUAAGUUUUCAAAAGUCAUACAAUAUUUAAAUUUCAAUCUGUUCACUUUACAUGACAAAUAGAUUGAAAUGCAAGUCAUUAUUAACUGGGAGUUAAAUUAUUAUUUUGGAUCGGUUUUGUUCAGGAAGCCAAUUUAUGUGGCUCACAAAUACAUAUGUAAAAAACGUGCAUAUUUUUGGGCAAACUAUUCAAUUCUGUCCUGCUUUUGUCCAUAUGCAUAUUUUAACAGUGCAAAAAGAAUUGUUGGCAAUGCUACACAUGCGGGAAAGUGCUUGUAUUAAUUAUGUAAAUAUUAUAUUCUUAGCUGUAAUCACAUUUGAAUAUUUUAUAGGGGUGUGCAUAAUAUUGCUUUGUACUACAUGAUGCGUGUGCAUUUCUUCCACCCUAAACAGGAACGUAUCUCAUUCUGGGUUCAGAACAAAUCAGUAUUAAUAUUGCAAAUCACGGCACUUCACAGCAUGUAAACAAAUGCCAAUCAUACAUACACUGUAUCAUUUCGUCAGGUUUUCAUCAUCAGACUCAACUCAAUAUUCUUUUCCUUGAAUGUCAUUUAUUUUUCGUGAAUGUGUGCCAAUUACUGUUGCUCAUAAUGCUUCCUGAUGUUUUUUUGUUGUGUUGUUUGUGAUAAUUUGUGUGUUUUAGUGAAAACAAAACACUCACUGCAGGACUGUUUCAUAUGUUUCAUGUAAACAUUUGCUGCUUGUUUUUUGACCUGGUAUUUAAGGUUGUAUUUGUGUGAAAGUAAAUUUUGCUUUCAAACUUAUAGAAUAGUUGUAUUGUGCAUAUGCUGCACCUAAAUUCAGCCACUUCAGAUGUUCUUUUCUGUAUGAAUGUAAUAUGUCUUUUGUUCCUUUGAGGUGUAUCCAUGCAACAUGGUAUUAUUCUGUAAUUAUAUAUGAUUAUUUCAAGUGU